GCCUGGCAGCAUGCCACGUUUCAGCUGGCGAUGAACGUGACGUUCCAGAACUUCGUCAACAAGACGCGGCUCACUCAGGGGAUGAUUAACUUCUGCGUCAUCGUGUACAUGGACGACAUCCUCAUCUACUCGGAGACCUAUCACGGGCAUGCAGAACAUAUCGAGUGGACGGUGGGAGCUCUGAGAGAUGCUGGGUUUAAGAUCGCACUCGAAAAGAGCGAGUUCUUCCUCUCGAAAAUCUCGUUCUUGGGUUACGUGGUGACACGUGGAGGAUUGCGGCCAGACUUGAGGAAGGUCGCGGCGGGGAAGGAUGCUCCCAUUCCCAUGACAUUGACGCAGGUUCGUGCUUUUAUGGGACUGGCGUCGUACUAUCGUCGCUUCAUCAAGGGCUUCACCGCAAUUGCGCGACCUCUAACAAACUUACUGCGGAAGGACCAGCCCCUCAGCUGGGACGCAGAGUGCGAACGGGCCUUCGCCACCCUCCAGGACGCCCUGGCGACAACACCGAUUUUGAUCUGGCCGGACCCUACGAAGCAGUUCAUUCUUAUCACGGACUGGCAGCCAGAGGCUAUCUCCGCUAUUCUAGCGCAAAAGGGGAACGACAGCCGAAAACACGUCAUCGAGUACGCAUCAUGCACAGUGCCAGACGAGCGGAGGAACAAUUCGGCCCCGCAGGGCGAAUUACAGCUGACGUGGACGAGGGACAUAGAGCACCGCGCCGGGAGCGAAUACCUGGAGCUGUUGAUCAUCCAAGCUUGGAGGACGGAGGUGGAAGGAGACCUCCUCGGAUUUCUGUCGGGAUCGGUGCGACCCGGCCAUCGACAGCUGAUCGUACAGGAACUCACGAUUCCCCUCGCGCAGCUGGUCGACGAUCUCCCUCGCGAUUUCGCUUCGCAGAGUGACGAAAGUCUAGUCCCGCACGUCCUUUCACGAACUCUAACGCCCCACCUGCAGUGGUCGGCCUGCCUCGAGGAGCAGGGCAGUGACAGUAACCCGCCAUCGCAACGAGAAUACCUGGACCCACGGAGGAUAAUCGACCUCGCCUUCUUUCAGCCUCCAACGACCUCCGAGGAAGAAGUGCUAACGCUAGAGGAGGAAGAAGAAGAGAGCGAGGGAGAUGACGACGAGGAAAAAGGAGAAACCCCAGAAGAAGGGAGUUACAGCGAGCAUAGAGAGGGAGAACAGAGCGAGGAGGAGGAAGAAGACGAGGAACAAGAGGAGUGUGAGUGGGAAAGCGUAGGCGAGGAGGCGGGCCGCGCAGAGACCCAGGAGGAAGAUCCAGAGGCGGUAGCGCCGCGCAGAGAAGAGAUCGCGGUCGAUAAGCAGCCGCUAGAGUACGCGAGUGGGACGGAUCUGCCAAUCUCGGACGAUCCAGCCAAGGAUCCGGAGCCACCCAAGCCAGAGGAUGGGGACCUUGCUGCCGAGACUUCGAGCGCACCAGCCCGACGGUGACGAAGCCGAUCCCCCUCCCCCUCCCCCUCCGCCCGUCCACCAGUUCGAGCUCGUACCGAUGCGGGGCAUCGGGCUC